UCUCGCCGUCGGCCGAUGUUGUCGCGGCGACGCGCACAUCGCGUUCGAGCUUCGAGCGGUGCGCACCGUGACCGCACCACCACAAUAUUAUUAAUGUCUUCUUCCGACGACGGGACCGGAGAUCGCGACCGGCGACGUCGGCGCGGCGGCGGCCUGACCGGAUGCGCUCUUCUCGCUUCCGAAGCGGCGGCCCACGUCGCCCGGAUGUGCCGGUCCAAUCCGCGGCUGCUGUCCAUGCUGGUCCAGGAGAAGUGCGGCGACGACGCCAACAGCAGACGGUUCGCGCACGACUUCAAGACGCUGGCCGACGUCCUGGUGCAGCGCAUAGUGGCCAAACGCAUCGGCCGUCAGUUUCCAGAACUCGAGGGAAACGUGUAUGGCGAAGAAAACGAUACAAUACAGAACAAUAAUGGUCAAGAUGUCACCAUACUCGUCGGAGAGACGGUAGAAGAGACAUUUCAGUGUUUAUCCAAAGCUUUAGGUGACGAUUUGGACUCGGCAAAGAGCUUGGCCGAAGCUGCUCACAAAGAAUUCGGUUUGAAUGAUCUCAACGUUGACUGUUAUCCGCCCGAAGAAGAAAACUUAGAUUUGGAGAAAAUCGGAAUAUGGAUCGAUCCUAUUGAUUCCACAAACGAAUAUAUAAGCGGAAAUGUCGAUAGUAUAAACGAAUACGGAUUUCAUUCGAGCGGACUCCAUUGUGUUACGAUUAAUAUCGGUUUAUUUGACAAGCACAGCGGAAAACCUAUUGCCGGGGUAAUCAAUCAACCGUUUUUCAAUUAUGACACAAACAAAGGGUGGAGUGGAAGAUGUUACUGGGCGUAUUGUGACGGACAGAAAAGUUUAAACUCAUUGCCAGAAUUCAUUAGCUGCAAUCAGGAGUUGGUGGUGACUAGCUGCAGCGAGACGGACGAAGCCAGGGCGGCGCUGCAACGGUCCGGUUACGCGGUGGCCACGGCGUCCGGGGCAGGAUAUAAGAUGCUGUGCGUGGCGCUGGGCGUCGUCAAGUGCUACGCGCUGACCAAGGACUCGACGUUCGCGUGGGACACGUGCGCCGCGCACGCGAUGUUGGCGUCCCAGGGCGGCGCGGCGUGCCACUGUCGUCGCACGUCCGCCGAGCCGCUCACGUACCGUCCCAAGACGGCCGGCGGUGGACGGGCUCACUGCAACGCGGACGGAGUGAUCGCUUCGCGCGACCUGCGGACCGUGGACCGAGUGCACGCGGUCUUGUCGUCGGUGCACUGCGACUGCAGUUGAUGAUGAGUUUCAGCUGAUUGUGCAGUUGCUGUCAUCUGCUGCAAUCGAUACGCGACUCGCGUACACUAUAUUGUACGAGUGUAAAAAUUAUAUACAGACAUUUUUUUGUUUUUUUUUACCCUCAAAAUACCUGCAGAAUUUUGAUUAUCACGAUAUAAUCCAGGUACAGGGUGGGGCACUGAAACGGCCGAUUUUCAUAGAUAAAUUAUAAAAUAAAAAAACCAAAUAAAAAUUAAUUAUUAUUUAUUAUAAUGAAGUAUAUAACAUGCCAUUUAUUUUUUAAAAAUUAUGUCCUCAAGAUGAUGGCCAUCUCUUCUCAAACACUCUUCUAGCCUACUUCGUAUAUUUUCCACUACACGGUGUAUUACUUCCAAAGGCGUACUGGAAAUUUCUUCUUUAAUUUUGUUUUUUAGUUCAUCAAUAUUUCGAGGUUUCUGUGCAUAGACUUUACUUUUUAAUUAUCCCCACAAAAAGAAGUCACAUACUGAUAAAUCCGGUGAUCGAGGUGGCCAAUGAAUAUCACCAUUUUUGGAAAUAAUGCGAUUUCCAAAAAUUUGUUGAAUAGCAUUUAUUGAUACUCGGGCUUAUUUUUCGCAUAAGCACGUUGUUUACCACUCCACUUUUCCAUGUUUACUAAAUGGCAUGUUGUCUUUGAACUAAUAAUAUUUAGUGGGAAUUCUUAUCUUAAUUACUACUGAGAAAAUCUAUUUUCAAAAUCGGCCGUUUCAGUGCCCCACCCUGUACUUACCACUUUUCAGAUUUACGACGGAAUAGCGAGUAGUCGUGAUAAAACAAAUAGUGCUGUUGAUAUUUUAUUUUCAAUUUCAAACGGAAUACCUAUACUAAAAUUCACACGUUAGAAUAAUCCUUCGCUAAACGUUAAGUGAAAAUUUCGUUUUUAUGUAAUUAUUUACAUUUUUUUUUUUAACUUAUGAAUAUAGAAUUACAUUCCUUAAUUGAAGAGACGCUUUUUGGAGCACUAUAUGAUAAAAAUGUGUUCAGCUUUAACGCGUAAUUUUUAUCGCGUGAUAAGUCUCCUUCAUAAUAUCGAAUGAACAUCAUAUAUACCCAUUAUACAGUAUUUUAUAGUAUAAGUACUAUUAUAUUAUAUAAUAGUAUAUUUUAAGUACUACAUAGAAAUGUAGUCAUAAUUAGUCGUAUUAUUAUAUUAAUACUUACUAUAAUUACAUAUUUUAUAGGUAUUAUAAUAUAUGCAUAGUUUUAAAAUUUAAAAAUAUCUUUUUAAAUAAUUAAUUAUAUACAAUACAGGGUAAUCAAACUAUUUUGAAAAAAAUAUAGUCAAUUGCCAUCUCUCAAAAUUUUUAAGGUUUUUACAACGAAAUUGUAUACUUACUAUUUUAUUUUCUGUUUAAUUUUUCAUAGAAAUAUAUUAUAUUAUAUCUGUAAUAAAUUACUGAUUGAUAUAUAUUUCUUAAUAUUGUUAUAAUAAUCAGUGUUACAAAUAUGAAAUAUUUAUAGAUUAGUAUAUUAUUAUUAUGAUAUAUUUAUUGAUGCAUACUUAUUGAUGAUACACUAGCAAAAUAUUUUAACUGUUAAAAUAUUAAUCGUAUUUUUUUAUCCUG